AUUUUUUGCAGAAAGAUGUUGUUUCUCAUGCAGACGUGUAGCGAAUCACUCUGAAGGUUCAGGAUGAGAAAAUGGCACAUACGCUUACCCCACCAGGACCUAAAAGUUUCCAUAAGUUCACCCGUGAAUCUCUUAAGGCCAUCGAGAGCCGGAUCGCUGAGGAGAACAAGAAGUCCAAGGACAAACGGGAGAGAAUUAAAGACGAUGAAUGCGAGACGAAACCCAACAGUGGCCUGGAGGCUGGGAAGAGUCUGCCCUUCAUAUAUGGAGACAUUCCCAGGGGACUGGUGUCCACACCACUGGAGGACCUGGACCAGUUCUACAUCAAUCAGGCAACUUUCAUAGUAGUGAACAAAAAAAAGGCAAUCAGCCGUUUCAACGCCGCUCCUGCCUUGUACAUCUUCAGCCCCUUCAACCCUCUGAGGAGACUAUCAAUUAAGAUUUUGGUACAUACAUUGUUCAGUAUGAUUAUAAUGUUCACUAUACUGGCCAACUGCGCUUUCAUGGUCUACACACAAACUCCAGACUGGGCCAAGAAUGUAGAAUAUGUCUUCACUGGGAUAUACACUUUUGAAGCGCUGAUAAAGAUCACUGCCAGGGGAUUCUGUGUGGGACAGUUUACGUUCCUCAGAGACCCGUGGAACUGGUUGGAUUUUAUUGUUAUAGUCAUGGCAUAUGUAACUGAGUUUGUGGAUCUGGGUAGUGUGUCUGCCUUGCGAGCGUUCAGAGUUCUUCGAGCCCUGAAAACUAUAUCGGUCAUCCCAGGCCUGAAAACAAUCGUUGGAGCUCUGAUCCAGUCGGUGAAGAAGCUGUCAGAUGUGAUGAUCUUGACCCUUUUUUGCCUAAGCGUCUUUGCUUUGGUUGGACUGCAGCUGUUCAUGGGAGCUCUUAGACAUAAAUGUGUGUUCAAUUCUACUCUUAUUCUUCUCAAGGCAGAGGAUUGUGCCGAGUCACCCGACUGCUUGAACUACAUUAACAAUUGCAGUAACCAUUAUAUCCAACCAGGAAAGAAAGACGCUCUAAUCUGUGGGAAAAACAGUGAUGCUGGGCAGUGUCCAGAAGGAUUUGUCUGUAUAAAAGCAGGUCGUAAUCCAGAUUUUGGUUACACAAGUUUUGAUAGCUUUGGCUGGGCCUUCCUUUCAUUAUUCAGACUGAUGACUCAAGACUACUGGGAGAAUCUUUACCAACAGACUCUUCGAGCCUCAGGAAAAACCUACAUGAUUUUUUUCGUGCUGGUCAUUUUCUUGGGAUCCUUCUACCUGGUGAACCUGAUCCUGGCUGUGGUUGCCAUGGCAUAUGACGAACAGAACCAAGCCACUAUUGAUGAGGCUUUGAAGAAAGAGGAGGAGUUCAAUGCCAUGCUUGAGCAGCUCAUGAUACAGGAAGAGGAAGCUCAGGCUGCGGCUGAAGCGUCCAAGUGUGAUGUGCUCAGUGGAGAUAGAACGGACAGUUCCUCGGACGCCUCCAAACUCAGCUCCAAAAGUGCCAAAGAACGACGUAACCACAGGAAAAAGAGACAGCGUCAGGGGGAGGGAGAGAAAGAGGAUGAUUUGAAGAUGGAGGGAAACGAUAGAAAGGCCAGCUUCCGUUUGACAGACAAUGGAAAAAUUCGGCUCUCACGUGAAAGGACUUGCUCUUCUCCACAUCAGUCCCCUCUGAGUUUUCAGGGUUCAAUCCUCAGCCCACGUCGGGGCAGCAAAGGUAGCGUCUUCAGCUUCCGCGGGCGUCUGCAUUCUGAAAACAACUACGCCGACGAUGAGCAAAGCAUGGUUGAGGAGACAGGCAGCCCGAAAGACUCUCUGUUUCCACCCUCUCGACCCGACCGUCUUUACAGUACUCUUAGCAAAAGCAGUCUGUCGCCACGUAUACUGUUGCCAUCUAACGGAAAAGCGCGGUAUGUGGUCGAAAGCAAUGGCAUGGUGAUGGUGUCGGGCGGAGCCUCUUCACCCAACUCCCCCCCUGUAAUCCUGACGCCCGAAGUGUCCAAAAAAAGAGCCAUGUUUGACGAGACUUUUUUGGACUCAGAUGGACCCCGACGUCGAUGUGACUCGCGCUUUUCUGGGGCUUUUGACCAAUCAGCGAGACAGAGAGCUUUGAGUGUAGCAAGUGUCAACAACCCUGACCCGUGGGAGGUCUGGAAACAGAAGUGUGUGGAGCGCUGGUACGACUUUGCAGAGAAUUAUCUGAUCUGGGAUUGCAAUCCCACAUGGCUGAGGAUAAAGAGGAUCGUCCACAUGGUUGUGAUGGACCCCUUUGCAGAUCUGAUUAUCACCAUUUGCAUCGUGAUAAACACAAUUUUCAUGGCCAUGGAGUGUCACCCUAUGAAUGACGCUUAUUCUAGUAUGCUUGCAACUGGCAACGUGGUUUUCAUAGGCAUCUUUACUGCAGAAAUGACAUUGAAGAUAAUUGCCUUGGACCCAUACUCUUACUUUCAGGAAGGCUGGAAUAUCUUCGACAGCAUCAUAGUCACACUGAGUCUUAUGGAACUUUGUUUGCAAAACGUGAUUUCUGGAAUGGGUCUUCUUAGGCCAUUCCGACUGCUGAGGGUCUUCAAACUAGCUAAGUCCUGGCCGACUCUGAACAUGCUAAUCAAGAUCAUUGGCAACUCACUGGGCGCCUUGAGCAACCUGACGCUUGUGCUAGCCAUCAUCGUCUUCAUCUUCGCUGUGGUGGGAACGCAACUGUUCGGGAAGAGCUACCGUGACUGUGUGUGUAAGAUUUCUGAGGAUUGCACGCUUCCUCGCUGGCACAUGACCGAUUUCUUCCACUCGUUCCUGAUCGUCUUCAGGGUGUUGUGCGGGGAGUGGAUCGAGACCAUGUGGGACUGCAUGGAAGUGGCAGGACAGCCUUUGUGCUUAAUUGUGUUCAUGAUGGUCAUGGUGAUCGGAAAUCUGGUGGUUCUGAACCUGUUCCUCGCUCUGCUGCUCAGUUCCUUCAGUGCGGACAAUCUCACGGCCAAUGACGAUGAGGUCGAAAAGAACAACCUGCAGAUAGCGGUUAGUCGAAUCAAGAGAGGCUUCGCUGUAGUUAAGGCCUGUCUGCAGAGUUUCUUCCGGAGCAGCUGUAUAAAGAGGAGGAAGCAGAAAAAGAAAACUCUAGAUGGGAACAUGGUCACGAUAAACUGCAAGGGAAUAAAUGAUAACUCCAACCACACCACACUAGAGCUGGUUAAAGGCACUGGAGGAACAGAUGAGGACAGUGACACUGAGAAUUUUAUCAGCAACCCGAGCUUGACCGUCAGUGUCCCGAUGGCUGCCGAGGAGUCGGAUUUUGAGUGCCUCAAUACUGAGGAUUUCAGCAGUCUUUCUUCAGACACAGAGGAAGAUAAAGAGAGGCUGUCUAACGUGGCUCCCAGCUCUUCAGAGGGCAGCACGGUGGACCUCAGACACGUGGUUAAAGAAGGAGAAGAUGGUUUGGACUUUGAACUUGAGGAAUCUACAGAACCAGAAGCUUGUUUCACAACAGGGUGUGUCCGAAGGUUCCGGUGUUGCCAGGUGGAUGCUGAAAAGGGCAUGUGGAAGAAAUGGUGGCUGCUGAGACAGACAUGCUAUAACAUUGUGGAGCACAGCUGGUUUGAGACCUUCAUCGUCUUCAUGAUUCUGCUCAGCAGUGGCGCUCUGGCUUUUGAGGACAUUUACCUUGAAACAAGAAAAAACGUAAAGACCAUACUGGAGUUUGCUGAUAAAGUUUUCACCUACAUCUUCAUUCUUGAGAUGCUGUUGAAAUGGGUCGCAUAUGGAUUUGCCAAAUACUUCACCAAUCUUUGGUGCUGGCUGGAUUUUGUUAUUGUUGAUGUCUCUCUGAUCAGCCUGGUGGCCAACGCCCUGGAGUAUUCAGACCUGGGCGCCAUCAAAACUCUCCGAACACUGAGAGCCUUCCGACCUCUCCGAGCUCUCUCGCGCUUUGAGGGAAUGAGGGUGGUUGUGAACGCUCUUCUGGGUGCCAUCCCUUCCAUCAUGAACGUUCUGCUGGUCUGUCUCAUCUUCUGGCUCAUUUUUAGCAUUGUGGGCGUCAACUUCUUUGCCGGAAAGUUUUAUGAAUGUGUAAAUUCUACCACGGACAAGCGCAUGGCUUCCACAGAGAUCCGUAACAGCAGCGAUUGUAUAAAUGAUGGCACAAAUGAAACUCGCUGGAGAAAUCUGAAGAUUAACUUUGACAAUGUGGGAAAUGGAUACUUGGCCCUGCUACAAGUGGCCACAUUUAAAGGGUGGAUGCCCAUUAUGUAUGCAGCGGUAGACUCUCGUAAAGUGAAUGAGCAGCCAGAGUAUGAGGUGAAUCUGUAUAUGUACCUCUAUUUUGUCAUCUUCAUCAUCCUUGGAGCUUUUUUCACAUUAAAUCUCUUCAUUGGUGUGAUCAUUGACAACUUCAAUCAGCAGAAGAAAAAGUUUGGAGGUCAGGAUAUUUUCAUGACAGAAGAGCAGAAGAAAUAUUACAAUGCUAUGAAGAAGCUUGGCUCGAAGAAGCCUCAAAAACCUAUUCCAAGGCCAAAAAACAAGAUUCAAGGACUCAUCUUUGACCUUGUAACCAAACAAGCCUUUGACAUUUUCAUUAUGGUCCUUAUUUGGCUCAACAUGGUCACUAUGAUGGUGGAGACAGAAGAUCAGUCCAAAGAAAUGACCAAUGUGCUGUACUGGAUCAAUGUUGCCUUCAUUGUGCUCUUCACCAGCGAAUGUGUGCUAAAGAUGAUCUCGCUACGGCAUCACUUCUUCACCGUUGGCUGGAACGUAUUUGACUUUAUCGUUGUCGUCCUGUCUAUCGUAGGCAUGUCACUGGCAGAACUCAUUAAGCAGUACUUUGUCUCGCCGACCUUGUUUCGUGUUAUCCGCCUCGCCCGGAUCGGCCGCGUACUACGUCUCAUCCGAGGGGCCAAGGGGAUACGGACCCUUCUGUUUGCGCUAAUGAUGUCACUUCCUGCCCUUUUCAACAUCGGACUUUUGCUCUUCCUCGUCAUGUUCAUCUACGCCAUCUUCGGCAUGUCCAAAUUUGCCUACGUCAAAAAAACGGCCGGCAUCGACGACAUGUUCAACUUUGAGACGUUUGGCAACAGCAUGUUGUGUUUGUUUCAGAUCACCACCUCGGCAGGUUGGGAAGGCCUUCUGGCACCCAUGCUAAAUACCGACAGGCCAGACUGUGAACCGGAAAAAAAAAACUGUGGGAACCCAUCCAUCGGCAUUUUCUUCUUCGUCAGCUACAUCAUCAUAUGCUUCCUGAUAGUGGUGAACAUGUACAUUGCCGUGAUCCUGGAGAACUUCAGCGUGGCCACCGAGGAGAGCGCCGAGCCUUUGAGCGAAGACGACUUUAACAGGUUUUACGAGGUUUGGGAAAAGUUCGACCCGAAAGCCACGCAGUUCAUGGAGUACGGCAAGUUGUCGGACUUCGCGAAUUCGCUGGAUCCUCCUCUGCGAAUACCCAAACCCAACCGACUGCAGCUGAUCUCCAUGGAUAUGCCGAUGGUGAGCGGCGAACGCAUCCACUGUCUAGAUAUCUUGUUCGCUUUCACCAAACGUGUUCUCGGAGAAGGUGGCGAGAUGGACCUCCUCCGCGGACAAAUGGAAGACCGAUUCAUGGCCUCCAACCCGUCCAAGUCUUCUUACGAGCCUAUAACCACAACUUUGCGCAGGAAACAUGAAGAUAUGUCUGCUGCAAUCAUCCAGAGAGCCUUCAGGACCCAUUUGGUCCGAUAUAGUAUGAAGAAAGUUCGUAAAAUCCGCAAAGAGAACAAGCAACAAAAUGGGAAGGUGCGGAGCAAAGAGUCCGUGGACAAUGAAAAGUGCAGCGAUGCCAGCGCUUCAGAAGACUCGGAUACAACGCUCGCUACAUCCACUCAGCGAUCAGACGAUAGUCCGGCACAGAACAAAAACAAAUACAAAAAGGACAAGCAUGAAAAGGAAGUGGAGGACAAAGGUAACCGAGUGAAGAAGUAGAGUAGC